UGUACAUGUUCUACAUGCAAGAAAUAUUUAGUCUUACACCGGCCUUCAACUCGACAACAUCGAAAUUUAUUGUUUAUUGUUUAAGUUUUUGGAACUUUGUUGUACAAAACUCUCGGACCUUCGUCAUGUGUUGCGGACCUUGCUGUGGAACCUGCUACUACCCUUGCUGUAGUCCUUGCUUCAGUGGCCGCUGCUUUGGGCCGCGAUGCGGAUUUUACAGUGGACCGUGUGGACCUUGCUGCGGGGGCGGAUGCUGCAGCAGCUGUGGACCGUCUUGUUAACCUGACGUACUGCAUACCAACAUUCUGGACAAGGAGAAAUAUUUAUUGUCGUGGCCAUUCGACUUGAAAAACAAGAUCAAGAUCAAGUCGUAAUAAAAGGUGUAUGACUUUCA